AUGUCUAUAUGCAACGACUCACGGUAUGAUUGCAGCACCACUGAACCCUGCGAGAUGGAGCAUAACCUAAACUUCACCUGUAAUAAUAUUACCACCGAGUUUAGUAUGGACUCGCUGGCCAGCUUAUUAGACUCUAAACUAGCGGGCCUGAGACGUGAUCUGGCCUCGAUAGAUACUAAAUUGGACACCACCAAGCAGGAGCUGUUUUUGGAAAUGAAAAACGAGUUUACGCAGGCCAUCGAUCAUAUGAAGGCAGAAUUUACGGCAACAACGGACCAUCUCAGCGAUCGAAUAACAAGUUUUCAGUCGGAGCUCUCCACAGUACAUCAAAAAAUUAAAAGUUUAGAAAUGGAAAAUCAGCGCCUGAAUAACGAACUGUUAUCAGUCAAAAACAGUCAGAGCACGUCGUGCAAUAUCGCAGAGUUACAAGGCGUUAUCGACCAAAUGAACACCGAACUAAACGAGAAAGACCAAGCGCAACUGCUGAAUGACGUCGAAAUAACGGGCGUUCCUGAGUAUCAAGGCGAGUCGGCCCUGCAUAUUGUUCAGGCGCUUGCGCAAAAAACUGGAAUUACACUGGACAUGCGUGACGUCGUCAGUGCGGAGCGGGUCGGCCCAAUAAGAAGCUACAGCAAUAGUGUGGGAAUAGCAUUAACUCGCGGCGCGACGCAGGACGCUCAAGGAAUCGGCGACAGCGUAAGCACACCAAAACAGCGUCCCCGUCCCCUCGUUGUGCGCCUCGCCAGGCGGUCUCUGCGUGACGAGUUGUUACGUAGCGCACGCGCACGUCGCGGCCUGGAUACCGGCAACAUUGGCCUUCCUGAACAUACCCACGGCCCAGUUUACUUCAACGAGAGACUAACGAAAGCUAAUCGCAGGCUGUUAUGGAAGACCCGCCAGGCAAGCGCUGCAGCAGGCUGGAAGUUUGUAUGGACGAGAGAAGGACGUAUUUAUGCCAGAAAAUCGGACAAUCACGACUGCAGACCGGUCCGAAUCGUGAGUGAGAGAGAUGUAAUGCGUGUUUUCGGCAUGGACCCUACGGAGGUUAAUAAUAAAUAA